AUGGAGCCCUUUGGUAAAUAUCCCAAAAGUAUUGAGCGUGAAGACGGAAAAGAAGUUUCAAACCCUAAUAAUUUUCUUACAUAUGCUGCUGUUACUUUUCAAACUGCUCGUGGUUAUUAUGUUGAAAGGAUUUAUGAAAUCAAGGUAAGUUUGGAUACUAAAUCGCCAGAGAAAAUAGUUUCUGUUCUCACAAAGAGUAUUGUAAAAGUGCUAAGGGAGAUAUCAGUAUCACAGGAAAUCGACACAAUAAAUUGGCUAUGGCUUUGGAAAAUUGAAGGAAAUUGA